CCGCGGGGGUGGUACCUUCUCCCCCUUGCCGCUUUGUCUCUGUAAGGGAUAUGUAACAUCUAGCUACCGCUAUACCGCACUGCCGCUAUACCACUAUACCGCAAUACCGCAAUACCGCAAUUGUUAUUGCGGUAUUGCGGUAUAAGCAUUUUGAUUUUGCCGCAAAAUCAAAUUCCCCACCAACUCACACAAAGAUCUGAAAAUUUAAGACAAUGUUUUAGAAAGUAUUCCGUAGUUAUAGUAAAAGAUUUCAAAAUUUGAUUGGGCAUAAUCAAUAAUUUUUCUUAAACAGAAAUUAGUUUUACGCAUGUCUUGUUGCCAGGAUUAUGAGUGAAAAUUUUCUGUUCACAACCACUCUCAUGCGAAUUAUAUAAUUCUCUCAUUCUGCUCUGCUAUUAUAAAGCAAAUCAAUGAGACAAUAGUAGACUUCACGAAUUUUAGUUUACAAUUAUCACUUCAAUGUACUUUGAUAGUGAGAUUUAUUGAUAAAAUUGUAAGAGUAUAAAGUAAAGAGUUCGAGUGUGUGGGUGUCUUUCUCGAUUUCACUGAGGAAGAGACGCACGCUCUCAGGAAACGUACAAGCACUAUUCAGAACACUGUUGAUUCAUCUCUAUGAUUUUGUGUGGUUCUUUUAUUUCAUGCGCGCAGUAGAUAAUUUGAUUUCUAUCGCCUAUUUUAAAGAUUUUUAUUAUCCUAUUCGAUCAUUCAUUUAAUGAAAUAAAAAAUUAUUAAUUACACUUGGCAUGAGUAGCUGUCUAAUUCGAGUUCGAAUAUAAAUGGAGAAAAGAAAAGAAAAAGUUAAACUAAAACUAAAUCUAGGAAUAGAUUUAGUUUUAGUUUAACUUUCCGAUAUAUGCGACAUAUGAAUACAUAAAUACCCUUCACCCGCGCCCACAUUUGAGCAUUCCUCCAUCGUAUCCAUCGCCCACAACCACACCCACACACCCAAUUUCCGAGAUAAUAAAGAAAAAAGUCUGUUAAGAACGUGACUCUAUGACGCUUGGACAAGACGACAUACUUACGCGUACGUGUAUGUAAUACGGCUUGUCCACGUAACGCGCUACUGCGCUGGCCAAGUUUUAAAAUUGUUUUUUCGAUGUAGACAGAUCUAAGCGUAUUUUCUGGUACCGUUUUUUACGCUGAUUGUAAAUUUGAACUUUUCUUCUUAAAAAAAAUGGGUUUUGAUAUCGAAAGCCGGGUUUUAAAAUUUUUCAAAAGUCGUAAUUUCAAUUUUCUAACCAAGAAAUUAAAAACAAAAAUGCAAAGUAAUGUACCAUUCGAUGCAGAAUUUGAUUCUCUACAAAAUGGCCUGUUCAGUUUUUACUCUCAUUCUUCAGGGCAGCGUCUAAGCUCUUGUACAGUUUCUAACUUACUAUACUAUUAUUGAACUCGUAUUCCGAUGUAGCAACUUGCUUUUUUUACAGAAGGAUAUAUGCAGGACAGUGAUCAAUAUAUAUAUAAACAUCAAAUAUUUUUAAGCAUGUUAAGUGCUUCAAAUUUGGUCGACAAAAAAAUGUGUCGCAACGUUAUGUUUGUUUUUUGCAUUUUCUAUCUGAGUGAAAAUAGUUUAGAAAAAAUAUUUUUUACUGCUUGAAAACCCAUUCAAUUCUCUACAAAACUGGUACUAUAAGCAUUUAAUUUGAAGAAAUAAUUUGUCAAAAAAUUAGAGUAUUAUAAGCAGUCCUAGAAAAAAGGUCCUUUUCUUGUCACAGUGUUACGCGGUAAUAAAAUCCGUCUAGAAGCGCGCGAGUUUAGUCAAACCAGGUCACUCUUUCAACACAAAUAGAGUAUGAUAAGUUGCGUCGAACGAGGUUUGAGUGACCUUAUUAACUCUUAUGUCUUUCGAGAGAAUUGCAAAACAAUUUGCCAAAAUGUCACAGCGUUGCGUUUGGACAAGCCGAAUAAAUAUCAAUACAAGAUUUUAAAAGACAUGCACACAUUUGUAAAGACUAUUUCACUGUGUUUGAAUAACUUAUACUUAAAAUAGUCAGUUAUUUUCAUUUAGUCCGUUUGACAGUGUGAAAAGAAACUGUAUUUAAAAUAGAUGUUCCUCUAAAACAUUUAAAGAAUAAAAAGGAAUUACUCAAUAUAUCGAAUCGACUUGUUUAAAAAAAACAAGAUUUUACUAAAAUAAAAGCUUCUUUUUUUUAGAAAUUUUCCACUUUUUUCAUUUUUUGUUGGAAAUAUAGAACACAAUGACGUAUAUAUUAUGGUAUAAAAUCAUAAAUAAAUUAUUUAAUAUGAUAUGAUUAGGAAUGACAACGUUAAGUUUGAUAGAUAAAGUCUUUCAAAGACGAUUUUUUUUCAAAUCGAUAAAUAAUAUCUAGCUAUGCAUAUUGUACGUAGCAACAAAAUUCUUUCGAAACUCAUGAAAAGUCUACAAACAGAUAACACAGCAGCUUUUACAAUUAAUAUAUUUCUUGACAUUUCACAGUAUUAAUUAGUACACUCAAAGUCAGAAAUAAAUGUUAGCAAAGAGAUACAUGGUAUAAUAUGUUUUCUAAUAGCUAAAUAUAUAAAUAGAACAGUCUAAAAAUACAGCACUCAAAGUAUUAUUCGAUUGUGAUAUUCUGUACAUCUUGGCAUGUACUCUUUUGGGUCAACAUAUAUUGAUCCGGGUCAUAGGAUUCUAUGCAAUUUCCUAAUGAUAUAUUUGAGAAAGAAAACAACCUCUGUGACCAUCUUCCUAUUGUUUCUAAAGGGUGAUCUUUUUUGCGGAAUAAUGUCAUGAAACAAUACAAGCUUUGAUAUUUUAUUAAGAAAUUCUUCUAUCUAAUCACCGAAAUUUCAUUAAAAAUGAAAUAAAACUAGAAUAAAUCAAAAGUUUUGUACACAAAUAACAAAACAAUGCCAUGCUAUUGUUUGCCUGUUUUAUUAUUAUUACCCAUAACAACAGUUUAUUAUUUUGUUUUUCUAUAUUUAUUUUCAUAUGAAUAUGUCUGUUGGUAAUAGUAAGUAGUUCUUGAAAUUUGUUUUCGCCAACAUUGUCUUUCCACAGAUGAGGAACAUUUGUCAACUGUCAUUAAUAAUGUUUAUGUAGAAGAAUCAUUGCAAAAGAAUGCCCGCCAUCAGACUUUUCCCUGGGGUAUCGAUCCAGCUAUAUAUCUUGACGAAAUAAAUCAACAAUCUCAUAUUAAAAAACUUCUCGCAUUACAAGAAUCUCUUGCAAAAAUGGCUCAAACUUCAUCGUCAAAAAUAAAUCAAAAUCAAAAAGAUAUCACCAAUGUGACAGAUACAUUAGAAACUUUAAAAACAAUGCGUGCUAUAUUACUCCAGCUGAAUCCAUCCGAUACGCGUCGUGCUACACAAUUUGGCAAAGAUAUCACAAUGAUUGUAACUGACUUACUCUCACGUGUUGUUUUUCAAAUAGGUCAAACAAAUGUUCAUACGCCAACAUUUCAAUCAAUUAUUGCUUAUAUAAGAAAUCUAAUGGAAACAAGAUCCAAACAUAUGCGACAUCCAAUACCUGGUUCAUUAUUGAUUGCAUGGUAUGAUUUAUCAGAUUUAAUGUCGUUCAUGCAAAAUGAACCAGAAAUUAGAAUAACAAAUAAAAAAGCAACGCAAUUAGUCGAUUUAGCUUUUGAUACAGCUGCUUGGACUCAUAAACAUCUAACUACCGAACUUAUAGAUCAUGAUAAAAUCGGUUUCAAAGAUCGAAAUAGUUUAGAUCGUACGAGCGAAUGA